UGUCCACCAAAAGGAUCAUCAUAUCAGCGCAUCCCAAGACCCAUGUGAGCUAUUAUCCCUCAAUCUCCACCUUUUUGUAGGAUUCCAUUAUUAGGGGAAGGAAACUAUUCUAUUUCCAUCAUUUCAUGCGACAAAAAGAUCAAUGAUCCAAACCCCCCUACCUUCUAUAUAUUCAUUCAGCAACAUAAUUCUAUUUUGUUGGUGCAUAUUCUGCCAUUAGUUCUUGACGAACUGGGAGGUGUCUGGUUUGCCUUUAACUUUUUCAUGUCCAAGUUCUGUUCACCAUGUUUCUUUCAUGUUUAGUCAGCUUGGGUUGCUCGGAAUGUGCAGAAACAGCUGCGGGACGCCGUUCCCUGCUUUUGCUUUAGUAGCUGAACCACUGUAAUCCAACGGAACAUACCGAUGGUGUGCUUCGACUCCAAAUGACCAUCUACAGUCGAUUGAAACCCUACCAGCAAUUCCAACAUCAAGCAAGAAGGUAUAGAAUCUCGAUGCUCAUGAGGUAGCCAUGAACUCGAGCUCUAUAGGUUCAGUCAGCAGUUCCAGCCUCAUCGACGCAAAGCUCCGAGAGCACCCGGUGUGUGGAUCCAUACGCUGUCCUAGCUGCGGCCACAAGCUCGAUCGGAAUCUGGGCUGGGUUGGGUUGCCUGCCGGAGUAAAGUUCGAUCCGACAGAUCAAGAGUUGAUAGAGCACCUAGAAGCGAAGGUUAAAGAAGAAGGUUCAAGAUCCCACCCCCUGAUAGAUGAGUUCAUACCCACAAUUGAAGGCGAAGAUGGCAUCUGCUACACCCAUCCUGAGAAGCUCCCAGGGGUGACAAGGGAUGGCCUGAGCAAGCACUUCUUCCACAGGCCAUCCAAGGCCUACACCACAGGAACAAGGAAGAGAAGGAAAAUCCAGUCAGAGAGUGACCUUCAUAGGGGUGAGACCAGGUGGCACAAGACAGGGAAGACGAGGCCUGUCAUGGUCAACGGGACGCAGAAGGGGUGCAAGAAGAUACUGGUCCUGUACACCAACUUUGGGAAGCACAGGAAGCCUGUGAAGACCAACUGGGUCAUGCACCAAUACCACUUGGGGGAGUUAGAGGAGGAGAAGGAUGGGGAGCUCGUGGUAUCGAAGGUGUUUUACCAGAUCCAGCCGAGGCAGUGGUCAGAUAAGAGUGCAGCAGCCGUGGAAGGGAUGAGCCAAAGAAGGGAUAGUGAGGUUCUUAGCAAGAGAGACGAGUACCUGUACAGUUCCAUGGGGAGGCACCAGCACGUGAAGCCUGAUAACUUUAGCUUUGCUCCUUUCGCAGAAGGUUUUAAUGAGGUGGCCGUGGGAGAGGCGUCAGAUGAGCAUGCAGAGCACGAGCGCCAUGUUAGACUACCACCACCACCACCGUAUCAUCAUGUGGCCCGACAGCAGCAGCAGCAAUGGCGGAUGGCAACCGCUACUGCGGCUUUCCACAGCAGAAGGCCGCCUAUGAAUCCCAUCUCCAAGUUUGUCCCGACUCCGCUGCAGCAAACGUCGAUCGUUCUUGAAGACCCGUAUCAAGUCCCGAGGAUGCUUCUUCAACCCGAUAAAUUUCUGCAACAGAAGCUGGACCAUCAUAGAUCUACAUCUGGCCUGGAAGAACUGAUUAUGAGUUGCACCUCAGCUGGAAUUAAAGGAGAGACCUCAACUCCAAUCUCUCAAGAGACAGCAUGGCAGUACUCAUACUGGUCUCCUGCCAACCCGGAUCAUCAUGGGUGAUGACCAAGAAGAGGAUAAGGCAGGAAACCUAACAAAGCAUCAUCGCUACUCUCAUCAGCGGCUACGACUCUUCCGGUUACAGCAUGAGAGAGUGAAAGAGAACAUGUUGCAGAUUUGGAUAAGGAGCUGAAGCCUCAGGUCAGUCGAGGGAGAGCAGAAAACAAGGAGGAAAGCUGCUGUUGUUUGUUGCCAGAAGAAGGAUACACACCUGGAAUAAUUCCCUGCAUGCAAAUCAUCAUCAACUAAUGCUAGUGCUUGAUUGUUUUAAUUGUAACCAUUACUAAUAUGUUGAUUUUGUUUUUUGUUUU